AUGCAGGCAAUCCGAUCGUCUCUGCGCACCCGCGCCGCCGCCUCCGCCACCACUGCUCGAUCUUUCAGCUCAUCACCAGCUCACUCCGUUGCGCGCAUCAUCAUCACCGGACGCCUAGCCGCCGAGCCCGAGAUUUCAGCCACUUCAACCGGUCAGGAUGUCAUCAAGUAUGCUGUAGGAACUUCGUACGGACCAAAGGACAACCGUCAAACGAGCUGGUUCCGUGUCGCCAGCUUCCAGCCAGAGGGCCCUGGCCGCGACUACCUGUUGAAUCUGCCUAAGGGAACUCUAGUCUAUGUCGAAGGUGAUGCCAGCAUGCGCGUAUACGAUGACGCCGAGGGCAAGAAAACAUCCAACUUGAGCAUUGUCCAGAGAACCCUCGAAGUCCUCAAGCGUCCCAACCCGACCAACGGUGAUGAAACCCAGUGA